AAAGUCCUCUAUCUGCUGAAGCAGAGCUGUGGACGGAUACUUUAGGCUUGCUAUGAGUGUGGGCAGGUUGUGCAGGAAGGGGUCUUGGCUGCUGCUGGCGCGGGGGGCCCCUGUGCUGGGGGCCACAUCAUGGACACACAAGAGCUUCAUGACCUCCACACCUUUACUAAAGCAGGAUGACUUUACCAAAGGUAUGUCUAAUGAAAUAAACAAGAUCCAUGAGAAGGUGAAGGAGGCUCUGCCGGGCAGUGGCUGGUACCCGUUCAAAUCUAUGGACCAUCUACCUCCAGAACACGCAGACAUCGUCAUCGUCGGGGGUGGAAUCAUGGGCUGGUCAGUUGCCUAUUGGCUGAUGAAAAUGCAGACCAAGAAGAAGGCGUACAACGUCCUGGUGGUUGAGCGAGACCCGACCUACUCUCAAGCCUCCACUGUCCUCUCAGCAGGCGGCAUCCGGCAGCAAUUCUCCCGGCCAGAAAACAUCCAGAUGUCACUGUUUGGAGCACAUUUCCUGCGCAAUAUCAAUGAGUACUUGGGCAUUCUGAAUGAAGAUCCCGUUGACAUUCAGUUUAACCCCUCUGGCUACCUCUUCCUGUCCAGUGAGAAAGGAGCUGAGAUCCUGGAGGACAAUUACAGAAUCCAGAGGGAACAGGGAGCUAAAGUGAUGUUACUUUCCCCGGACCUGCUGAAGAAGAAGUUUCCAUGGAUCAAUACACAGGAGGUAGCGCUGGCCUCUUAUGGCCUGGAGAACGAGGGCUGGUUCGAUCCCUGGCUACUGCUCACUGCGUUACGGCGUAAAGCUCUGUCCAUGGGCGUCGUGCAUUGCCAUGGAGAGGUGACAGGGUUCAACUACGUCAUGCAAGAAAUGCUGACAGCAGAGGGUUAUCCGGUGAACUUCAAAGUAAUCAAGCAAGUCAUUGUACAAACACAGAACAGUUUGGAGAACCAGCCUGUGGAUUGUAUGGCGGUCGUCAAUGCUGCCGGGGCCUGGUCUUCAAAGGUGGCGGAAAUGGUUGGGAUCGGCUGCGGGGACCCGGGCACCUAUGAAGAUAUCAAGCUUCCAGUAGAGCCUAGAAAAAGAUACAUCUACACGUUUCACUGCCCCAAUGGUCCCGGCCUGGACUGCCCGAUGCUGAUUGACAGCUCAGGGGCCUACUUUAGAAGAGAGGGGUUGGGAGGAAACUACAUUGGAGGCCUCUCUCCUCCAGAGGAGGAGGAGCCAGACCACAGUAAUCUGGAUGUGGACCACGACUAUUUCCAGCAGAAGGUUUGGCCGCUCUUGGCAGACAGAGUACCAGUAUUUCAGUCCUUAAAGGUGAAGUCAGCCUGGGCCGGGUAUUACGACUACAACACCUAUGACCAGAACGGCAUCAUUGGGACUCACCCGCUGGCGCGGAAUAUGUACUUGGCAUGCGGGUUCAGUGGCCAUGGCUUGCAGCAGGCUCCGGCUGUGGGGCGCGCGGUGGCAGAGUUACUGAAUUAUGGGCAGUUUACAUCCUUGGAUCUCAACUCUUUUGGUUUCCAGCGUUUUAUAUUCCAACAACCUGUCCUAGAGAGGAACAUUGUGUGAGAGAGGAGACAGAAGAAUGUAGAUGCUGCCUUUGUGUCAGACCCAGACACUACUGGAAAUUGACCCUGGGGUCAGAAUCGCCAUGAAAUGAGACAAAGAUGGAGGUGGAACAAGGUCGCCUUCAAAGAUUACACAGUCCUCACAAAAGACUUGUGAAUGUGUUUUUUAAUUUAAACAAUUUUAUGCUGCAACCUGUAAUUCAAGGGGAACUACAAAAAAAACGAUAUACCUCCCCCCUCAGAUGUUAUUAACUAUAAUGUAAUGCCAAUGUUCUAUAAGGUAACAAAGAUUGAAAUGGUUUCUGGUAAAUACAGAGAACUUUGUAAUGCCUCUUUCUCCCUCUAGCAGCUCAUUUCCAUCUCCCAGCAUGUAGUCUGAUCCUUUAGGCUACAUGCACACUGUCCGUUUUUAACGGAUGUUUUUUUCACUGAUCCCUUUCUGAGAAACGGACAUUAAAAACUGACCCAUUCAAUUGUAUGGGGGCUGUCGGUCAGUGAAAAACAGACACAAUAGAACAUGUUCUAUUUUUUGACAUCUGUUAUUUACUGGCUGUCAAAAAAACUGCCGUGUGAAUAACCCCGUAGACUACCAUUGGUCUUAAAACUGACGUGUGAUGGCCGCUAAAAAAAAAAUGUUUUUCACUGUCAUGUGCCUGUAGCCUAGUCUUCUCAAGACUUCCAAACAAUUAAACUCCCUUUUUCAUGGCUGUUUUUAACUGAUUGCUUUCCGAAAAAUGUUCAUUAAAAACAGUCCCCUUCAAUUGCAUCGGGCUGUGAAAAUAGACAAGUGAAUACACCGAUAGACUGUCAUUGGUCUGAAGCCAGCUGUCACAUGUAGCCUUAGCAAAGAAUGUUAGGAGGAAGAGGGGAGAAAGAGGCAAAUUAUAUUAUCCUUUGGAUAGGUGAUAAAAGGGUGUUUAUGGAAAAAACCUUUAAGGUCACCUAUAAGAACUUCUCUUAUUGUGUCUGUCUGCUUCUAUGCUCUGACGUCUGUGUUGUCACGUGGAUUCUGGGCCUUAUAGACACCAAUCAGAACUCUUUUUACAUUUCCUACCUGUGAAGAGAGUUGUAUUUCGAUUUGUUGUAAUGGUAACACCGGCACGCCAGAGCACAGGGGCACAAAGUGUUGUAAGGAACCUCUUCAAUGUGAAGACAGGAAUAAGAACUAUAGGUAACAUGUUUUAUAUAUGUGAAAAUAAAUAAAGGGUGCUAUAACAUAAUUAUUUUUUUGGUAGUUCCCCUUUAAGAAGAUGCAAUAUUUUUUAUGAUCAUAAAAUAUUUUACUGGA